AAAGACUUCGCAAGUUUCUUGCCGUCCAACAAAUAAUUCCUUUCAGUAGGCCGAUGAUCUUACCAGCGAGCAGCAGAGAAUAGAGCUCGAGAGACCGACGAAAGAUGGCGUCGCCCCCUUCUCCCUAUCUCUUGCCUUCGCUCAUCCUCACUCGCACUUUCCUCCUCGUCUUGCUACUAACCCAGACCAUCUCCUCCGCCCAGAGCUACUCCAACAUCACGCAGGGCACCACCCUCACGGCUGGCUCAUCGACCGGCUCCUGGCUCUCUCCAUCCGGCGACUUCGCCUUCGGAUUCUACCCCACCGACGCCCAAGCCUCCCUCUUCCUCGUCGCCAUCUGGUUCGAGUCCACCUCCCCCAAAGCCGUCGUCUGGUCCGCCAACCGCGACGCUCCUGUCCGAUCAGGCUCCACCCUGCAGCUGACCAGCGACGGCCGCCUCUCCCUAAAGGACGACGGCGGAAACGAAGUGUGGAGCGCGGGCCCUGCCAACGCCUCCACCGCCGCCGUCCUCGACUCCGGCAACGUCGUCCUCACUGCUUCCGGCGGCAUCUUGUGGCAGAGCUUCGAUCUUCCUACGGACACGCUCCUGCCGGGUCAAGUCUUGGGACUGGGCUCCGACCUUCGUUCCCAGCUCACCGACUCCGACUUCUCAGAUGGCCGAUUCGAGCUCGCGGCGCAAACGAGCGGCGAACUCCAGCUCCUACCGCUGGCCAUCCCCUCUGGAAACCAAUACGAUCCAUACUGGUCCAUCGACACGACCGAUUCCGGCUUUCAGCUCGUCUACAACGAAUCCGGCAGCAUAUACUUCGCUCUCACGAAUGGUACUCUGCUCAACGUAACUAUGGCUUCUGUCUAUUCCACCGAAGACUUCUUCCAACGCACGAGGCUGGAUCCCGACGGCGUCUUCCGCCAGUACAUCUACCCCAAGAGCGGCAGGGCGACCGGAUCCUGGAGUAGGAAAUGGAAUGCGGUGGCCAAAGUGCCGGCGGACAUCUGCCAAGAUCUUCAAUCCGACGGCGCUGGUAGCGGCACCUGUGGCUUUAACAGUUACUGCAGAUCCGGCGGAGAUCAGAGCGAGGUAAACUGCUUGUGCCCACCAGGGUACUCCUUCAUCGACCCGGAGCGGAAGUACAAAGGUUGCGACCAGGACUUCCCACCCAUCUGCAAACAAUACGAUCCUGCUCAGUUCAACCUGAUCCCCAUAAACAACGCCGACUGGCCCUUCUCGGAUUACGAGCACUACACGAACGUGAACGAAGACCAGUGCAGACAGUACUGUUUGGAGGAUUGCCUCUGCGCGGUUGCCAUCUUCUGGGACAGAAAGGAAUGCUGGAAGAAGAAGCUGCCGCUGUCGAAUGGAAAGCUGGGUAGCUAUAUCGACAGGACGGCACUGAUAAAAGUGUCGAAAACUAAUUAUACUUCCCUGUUGCCGCCAUCGGGUCCAGUUAUAUCUGUGGUGAAGAAGGAAAGGAAGACUUUGAUUCAGAUUGGAGCAGUGCUUCUGGGGUGCUCUGGAUUUUUUAAUGUGAUCUUCAUCGCGUUGAUCAUUGCAAAGAUCUUUGGUUCCCCUAGGGGGAGGAGUACGACGUUUCAGCCGCAGACCAGCAUGUCCGAAUUUAAUAUCAGAGUCUUUAGUUACAAGGAGCUUGAAGAAGCAACCGAUGGAUUCAAAGAAGAACUGGGAAGAGGGGCCUUCGGUUCAGUUUAUAAAGGUGUGUUGUCAUCCUACAUUAGCACUAAUAUUGCGGUGAAGAAGUUAGAUAGGCUGCUUCGCGAGAACGAGAAGGAGUUCAUAAAUGAGGUGAGAUCUAUUGGGCAGACUCAUCACAAGAAUCUGGUCAGAUUGAUUGGAUACUGCAACGAAGGGACGCACAGACUUCUGGUGUACGAGUACAUGCGAAACGGGUCGUUGAUUGGCUUCUUGUUCGGCAAUAUAAAGCUGCAUUGGCAGCAGAGGGUCCAAAUCAUAUUUGGAAUCGCAAGAGGAUUGCUUUACUUGCACGACGAGUGCAGCACUCCGAUCAUCCACUGUGACAUCAAACCUCAGAAUGUACUCCUGGAUGACAAUUUUGUGGCUAGGAUUUCGGAUUUCGGGUUAGCGAAGCUGCUGAGGGCUGACCAGACUCGAACCAAUACCGGCAUAAGGGGAACCAGAGGGUACGUAGCACCAGAGUGGUUCAAGAGCAUGGCGAUCACGAAGAAGGUGGAUGUGUACAGCUUUGGUGUGAUGAUGCUGGAGAUCAUAUGCUGCCGGAAGAACUUGGAAACAGAGAUCGGGGAAGAGGAGGAACCGGUGCUCAUUUACUGGGCUUACGAUUGUUUCAAGGAUGGGAUGGCGGAUCUUUUGGUGCAGCAUGACAAAGACGCACUGGCCGAUAUGGAGGAGGUGGAGAGGUUUGUGAAAAUAGCGUUUUGGUGCAUCCAAGAGGAUCCGUCGCUCAGGCCUUCGAUGCAGAAGGUGACUCAGAUGCUGGAAGGAGCAGUUGAAGUUUCUCUGCCACCCGAUCCUUCCCCAUUCCUGACCACAAAUUAGUCACAGAUUUCCUGAGUGCUUGGACUUGGGUUUGCUCUUCUAAUUCUCCUGAAACCCAUGGCUGGUGCAAGAAUCGCUGCAAAGCGCAUAUUGUGGUAGCAAACCAAGUGUAUUAUGGAAACUUAUCAUAUAGCCAGCCUUCUUGUUUCUAAUAUGCCUACUGUCAGUAUACAUAGAAGUCCAGUCUGCAAGGCUCUCGCCUAUGUUGAAUUUGGGAAGCACCAAUACAUUGGUCAUAGAUAGUAUCUUGUAAUUUAAACAAGAAACCAGUGAAAUAGUUUGCUGCAUAA